AAAUCAACAAUGUCAGACAGUGAGGACACUGAUGGUUCUGGUGGUGAGUGGCCGGUGACCAAAGAAUGGCUCGAAGGACUAUUGGUCGAACAUCACGGCGCAGGUUCUCAAGUCACCGUUGAUGAUUUCACCGUAAGACCCGGUUGCACUGCUGGCGAAAGUGUUCUCAGUGAUAUAUUAGCUGUAACAGUUGAAUAUCGAACGAAACCCGAUGACACGCGCUGCGAACUCAGUGUCAUUGUCAAGCUUCUACCCCAGGAUCCAUAUAGUCGAUUUUUCGUCACCGAGGCACAGUUUGAUCUUCGUGAAAUUAAAUUUUACACCCAGGUGGUACCUGAUCUGGAAGCAUUCCAAAAGAAACAAUUAACAUCGCCCGAACUGGCAAUUGAAUUACCAAUUCCAGCUUGUAUUCACGCUCACUAUAGUCCUGGUGGUGGUACCGAAGACAGUCCAGAACCUCCUGAAUCAUUUCUUGUUUUGGAAAAUCUACGACCACGAGGUUUUGAGGGAGCAGAAUUUUCUCGUGGUUUAACAUUAAAACAAGCCGAAGCAGCGCUAAGUGCUGUUGGAUGUCUACAUGCAUUGUCAUUAACAUUAAAAGUAAAAGAAGGACGAUCACUAUCCGAUCGUUAUCCAUUUCUUUUUCAAACAGCAAGAGCCACUGAUUCCUAUCAACAAUUGGUUGAACGUGGUUUACCUCAAUUGGCACGUUUUCUCGAAAGAAGACCAGGUUUGGAAACAGUACUCGAGGCACUUUUAACAUUACGACCACGCACGAAGGAAGUAAUUGCCGCUCUUUUAGCGCCAGAAAAUCCACUAGCAUUGAUAACACACACAGAUUUUUGGUGUAAUAAUUUACUAUUCAAAAAUGAUGACGAUGGAAGUUGUAAAUGUGCUAUUCUUGAUUGGCAAAUGGUCACCUAUAGUAGACCAACAAAUGAUAUUGCCCUUCUUCUUGUAAGUUCCGUACCAACGGAAUUACGUCGACGUCAUACACAAUUGUUACUUGAUAAAUAUUGGGAUGUUUUAACAACAACAAGUUUCAGUUUAGGUGUUGACAUUCCAAAGGAUUUAGGAUACACAAGAUUGGAUUUGGAUAAAGAUUAUAGACGAUCACAAUUAUUGGCUUUACUUCUUUGCAUAGGAUCAGUUGAUGUUGCUCUUGGUGAUCCUCUCACUGAACAACGUCUCAUAGACGUUUUGGAAGAUCUUCACAAUGAUGGAGUUCUAACUGGAGAAAUUACUGAAACUGUUACAGAAACGUAAGCCAAACGCCUUCGCUGAUCCAAUAUAACCGAAAAUCACGAUAAUCGCAUUAUCGCAUUUAGGACAGUGACGCUGAUUGACCUCGAUGUGUGCAAAAAAUGAAGCCGUUACUUGUGUCUUUUCUUUCUUAAAUUUUUAAAUAAUAUUUCCCUUGUAUACCUUCAAAAAAUUUAAUUGUCCAUUCCGAUCUGUGUCUAAUAUAUAAAACAAUUUGUAAAUAUAAAUCUGUAAAUCAGAAUUUAUUUUCACGAAUAUGAUUAAAACAAAAAAAAAAAAAGUUAUUGGUGCAAGUGAAGCGACAAUCAUUUAUUUUUUUGAAAAAGAGACUCAAGUAACAAUAUUGCCAAAAGUUAGAAAUUAUUCGAAAAUAGUAGAGAAUUUUUUGCAAGGAACAUUAAUCGCAAUCGAUGAAAAAAAAAAGUCCAAGUCAAGAGGGGAACUGUUAGAAGCUUUACGCGUGCGAAAGUAAUCGAGCUUCUUCGUGAGAGGAUUCUUUUUUUUUUUAAAUUACUACACAUCGACAAAGUGCGCGAUUAGAAUAUUGUUGAGUCGAAUAAUAAUAAUGUUUGAUAUUAAAUAUAAGCUUUGUUCACGUUAAUACACUUUCAUGAUGAAAAAAAAAAAACAAUGAAUAGCAUUCAAUAUUAUCUGAUUCACUUGUCUUUUUACAAAAUCAACAAAUGAGUGUAUAUUUUGUAAACUGAAUUUUUGAACUACUUAUGAAACUUUUUUUUCCCUUUUUAAAUUAAUAUUCAAAUUCAACUUUCAGAUUUUUCUACAUUUUUUUUUUUACAAAUUACAAUAGUAAAUGAAAUCAAAUUUAAAAAACAAAAAUCUGUUAAGAUUUAAAUGGAAUGAAAAAAAUUUUUAUAAAAUUUCCUAUAUACUCUGAUUUUUACCAUUUUAAAAUAUGUAUCAAUUUAUAUUUUGAAAAUUAUUCUGUAUGAAAAAUUGUACAACAGUAUUUGUGCCAAUACAAAAGACUGGCUAAUUAAAAGCUUGCAUUCAAUUAUAUUGAACAAAUAAAAAAAAAGAAGAAGAAAUCUUAUUGUUCAAAC